AUGAUAAUAUUUAUUUUGUCAAUCAAAUUGCCGCAAACGUGGUUCCGAUGCCGGCGUCGGUUUGCCGGUGGACGACGUCUGGACGGCCAGACUGUCAUUAUUACGGGCGCCAACUCAGGCAUCGGCAAAGAGUUGGCGUAUCAGCUCUCGCUCCGGGGGCCUAAGAAAAUAAUAAUCGGUUCGAGAAAUCCGGAGCGAAACGAGAAAGCAGUGCGGGAUGUGUUGGCCCGCAACCCGUCGGCCAACAUAACGGCUCUCCGAUUGGACUUAUCGUCGCUGAAGUCCGUCCGCGAGUUUGCCAAAGCGGUGGCCGACACGGAGUCCAGAGUCGAUAUACUAGUCAACAACGCCGGCGGUCCGCCACCCGAGGGUCCCGACGCUCUCAUGACUCUCGACGGCUACGAACACCAAUUCGUAGCCAACUAUUUGGGUCACUUUCUACUGUCGCUACAUUUACUACCAUUGCUGCGCCGGUCACCGGACGCCCGGAUCAUUAACGUGGCCGAAACGGGUCACAUUUUUGGCAAUAUUAACCUGGAUAACAUUAACCUGGGUAACGGCGAGUACGGUCACAUCAAGGCCCAUUGUCAGGCCAAACUGGCCGUGGUGCUGUCCACCAGGGAAAUGGCGCGACGAGUGGCCAGUACUGGUGGCAACAAUACUGUCAAGACUUAUUGCGUGAAUCCAGGUAUUGUCAACACUAGAGGGGGCAAAAAUGUUGUGUCAGGGUGGUUGAAAGUGAUUUUCAUGUUGGGCAUUGAAAUGGGCCCACAGACCUACAUGCACUGCGCUCUCGAUGAGUCAACAGCCAAUGAAUCGGGCCAUUACUACGAUAACUGCCGGCGCGUCGAUAGUAUGCACAGUAAGACUGUCGACGACAAGAUUGGACACCAAUUAUGGGAAUUGAGUGAAGAUAUGGUUAAACUCGAAGAUCAGUACAGACUUCCCAAACAUAUUAAAAUAUAA